AUGGUAUGGUGAAAAAGACCAGCAAAGACACCCGCCUCCUGUAAUCCACUCCUUAAGCAAAUGAAUCUUUACGCGUUAUGUGACUGCUUGAAUAGAGGUUGAACCAAGGAGAAGGUCUGUUCGCGACCACUAGGCUAUGGCUUCCACUCCCUCUGCUUCGGCCUUGUCUGCUGUUCUCCGGUGUCGGAGAAAUAUCUGGACCAUGAAUCCACCGACUAAGCGGCCUGCCACCUCGGCCUGCAGCCUCGGGCUGGCUGGCGUGGCGCUGCGCAACUCGCCAGCUGAGCGCACGCGGCAGAAGGCGUCAUCGUGGGAGGCUUUUCUUCAAGGAGAGCGUGUUGUGUUUGGAAGAAGACUGAAUGUGUCGUAUAAGUCGCACCGGGUGUGUGGUAAAAUGCUGAGAGAAAACGAUUUCAGGAAAGUGAAUGAGUUAUAUUUUCCGAAACUUUCUCAGUCCCCCGGAAACGCACACUCAGCUGUCCAAAACGCGCUGGUGCGUCUGCUGGCGAACACACUGACGUCUAACCUGCCUGGAUUAAACAAAUCCUCCAAAUUAGUUAAAAUAAUUAAACUCAAAACAUGUACUGUACGCAUGUGUAAAAUAGUAUUUGUUGAGCAAAGUAGUGGGUCUCCAGCUGGCGCAUUGAAAGUGUCCCUAACGCCCACGUGUCUGAUGGAAAAUGCAGGACAUUUACCGUCUUUUCUGUUAAGUGGCUGGUCAACACUGAAGAACACCUGCUUAUCUCUGACGGCUCUGGUGUCAGAGAUGAUGCUGUUGUGGAGGUCCAGCAGCAGCCCUGGUGAUGCGCCGCACCAUCUGUACCAACAGAAAAACCUUCACAAAGAUGCCCAGCAGGGAAGUGGACAAAUCCAUAAUCCCACUGGGCUCACCUCGUCCCAGGACAACUGCUGUGGACAAAAGAUCACAGAGGACAGACCUGACUGAGAGAGUCCAAGGCCUCAGCACAAAAAUACACACUGUGAUAUAACUUUAUUUAUUGACUUUUACUUUCACAGUGCACAUUUCGACUUCAACCCAGGAUUAUAAGAAAAAAACUGCCUUUAUUAGAGAAAAGUAAGCCAUGUGUUGACAACUAGUGCAUUUCAUUUUUGAGCUU